AUGCGCGCCCAAGUCGUCAAGUCCCUCUCCGUCAUCGUGUCGCCGUUCCACGUCGGCAUCCGGGGCUCCAAGACCGGAGCGGGGCCGCUGUUCCUGCAGCAGCACGGGCUCAUUCCGGCGCUCGAGGAGCUCGGGCUGCCGGUGCGCCGGGUCGAAGUAGAGCCCGUGGACGAGACGGAAGACGAGGUGGCUCGGUCCUUUGAGGUGCUGCGACGGACGGCGCGGGUCGUCGCCCAGGAGCGCCGCGCCGGCAGCUUCCCCGUCGUGCUGUCAGGAGACUGCAGCGGCGCGGUGGGCGUCGCCGCAGGCAUCAUCGCAUCCGGGGCUGACGUUGAUGGAGGCGCUGUGGACGGAGCGCGGCUUGGCUGCGUGUGGUUCGACGCGCACGACGACAUACACACGCCCGACACGCUCACCAGCGGCUACGGCGACUCGAUGCCCAUCUCGCUGCUCGCCGGCCGCUGCUACAAGCGCCUCCUGCAGACGGUCCCGGGCCACCAGCCGCUCAGUCUCGACAACCUGGUCCACGUCGGCAUGCGGGACGUGACCGACGAGGAGCGGGCGCGCGUCGUCGACGCCGGCUUCGACGUCAUCUGGGGCGACGCUGAGACAAAGGUCGACUUCAAGGGGGAGCUGGGCCGGGCAUUGCAGCGGAAGCAGCUUGGCCCGACCAUGGUUCACCUGGACUUGGACAGCUUGGACCUCUCGCUCGGCAAGGCCAACAGGUUCGGCACAGCGGGCGGCCUUCUGGAGGACGACAUUACGGGGUGCCUAGACGAGGUGGCGUCCCGGACGGAGCCCGUGUCGUUGACGAUUGCGUCGUUUGACCCCUCGUACGACGGGGCGGACAACAUUGCAAGGGUCGCGAUACGAGCCGCGCAGACGUUUCUCGCGGCACUGUCGAAGGCGUAG